UUUCGGUGAUUUGAAAUGAAAACCUUUUUCUUUUUCUCCUGUUCAUUCGGUUCAGUCUCUGAAUCUGACUGCUAUGUCACACUCUCACUCCCUACGGUAUCGACAAGGACCUGGCGUACAAAAACUAUUUCAAACAAUAACGAACCUGAGUGGAAUGAAACCUUCACCUUCAGGGUCCCCAGCCAUUUGAAAAAUGUCCUGGAGAUGAACCUGUUUGAUGAAGAUUCUUUUACUGCUGAUGACCUGAUUUCCACGGUUAACUUUGACAUCACAAAGCUCACUGUGGGAAAGAAGGAGACCAAGGUGUUUACUUUAAACCCUGAGACAACGGGUGAACUUGAGGUUGAGUUUGAGCUGCUCCCGAGUGAGGAGACACAUGAUUAUGACACUAAUGUCGUCCUGAUGGAGAAGGAAACUGUCUCCUACUUGACCCUGAAUGUCAACAUCCUGAGGGCCAAAACUAAAUCUUUCGACUACUUCUCUGAAUCUGACUGCUAUGUCACACUCUCACUCCCUACGGCGUCAACGAGGACCUGGCGCACAAAAACUAUUUCGAACAAUAACGAACCUGAGUGGAAUGAAACCUUCACCUUCAGGGUCCCCAGACAAUUGAAAAAUGUCCUGGAGAUGAACCUGUUUGAUAAGGAUUCUUUGAGUGCUGAUGACCUGAUUUCCACGGUUAACUUUGACAUCACAAAGCUCACUGUGGGAAAGAAGGAGACCAAGUUGUUUCCUUUAAACCCUGAGACAACGGGUGAACUUGAGGUUGAGUUUGAGCUGCUCCCGAGUGAGGAGUCACAAGAUUAUGACACUAACGGCAUCCUGAUGGCUGGCCCAUUCUCUAUCUUGCAUAUCAAAGUUGACAAGUCACCAAGCUGUGACUUGCUUAAAGGAAAGGUGCUGAAAAUAAAGGGCGCCUACCCAGAAAACCAGACGAUAGAUUCACAAGAUCAGAGCCUGUGUUUCUACAUCAACAGGGACCUGGAGACUGAACUUCAACUGGCAACUGAUGUCGAUGCAGAACCUGUUGCUUCCAUCAAGUUGCCUCCACUACAGGCCCAAAAAUACAGGAAAAGUCUCUCUUGUCGUUUUGGCAUUUUUUCAUUGCAGCAUAAAGUGGAUUUUACUCUGGAAACACAUGAAGGCACGAAGAAAGAUCUUUUCACUCGCAUUGACUACGACAUCCCAACACAAGAGAAAGAAUAUCUGCAGAAGAGGAAGGCCGUAGUGGCCCAGGCUGUGGAGAAGAUUUUAGGCCUCAACACUCGACUCGGACCUAACGAGGUGCCAACUGUAGCAGUGGUGGCUUCAGGUGGAGGAACUAGAGCAAUGACGGGCCUGUUUGGUAGUCUGAGGGGCCUGAAGGAACUCGGCGUCCUGGAUGCUGCCACAUACAUCACUGGAGUGUCUGGAUCCACCUGGACUAUGUCUGCUUUGUAUCAGGAAGCUAACUGGUCACAGCAGGACAUCAACACCUUCAUCUCAGCAGUAAGGGAAAAUCUCAACAGGUCGAUUUCAAGCCUUUUCAGUUGGGAGAAAUUACAGUAUUACUAUUCAGAGCUGAAAAAGAAAGCUGAUGACGGCUACUCCAUGUUGCCCGUUGAUUUGUUCGGCCUGAUCAUUGAGGAACUCGUUUUUGGGAAGAAACUGAACAGUACCCUGUCAGACCAGCAGAAGACAGUGAAUGAAGGUCAAAACCCUUUCCCCAUAUACACUGCUGUCAACAUAAAGGAUGUUGUAGACUGUGAAAAUGAAAAGGAGUGGUGUGAGUUCACCCCCUACGAGGUGGGCCUUCAAAAAUAUGGGGCUUUCAUCCCCAGUGAGGCCUUAGGAAGCCAGUUCCUCCUCGGCCAUAAGAUCAAGGAACGCUCAGAGCGCCGUCUGGCUUAUCUGAUGGGAAUAUGGAGCAGUUUCUUCUCUGCAAGCAUAUCUGAGAUUUGGCACACACAACAUCCUAUCAAUUUGACUGUUGCCAUAGAAGAUGAUGAGAGCACCAGAGACACAGAAACUACCCUUCGAGCCAGAAGUUUUGAAGGCAAGUAUUUAAAUAAUAUGAAAACCACUGCAGUAAAAAUAUGUUACUAUUUCCAUUUUAAAUCCCUUGUAUGUAUGCUGUCUUCUUUUGCAGGACAUUACUAUGAAACUGCUGUUGAUGGCGCACAUUUCCGGAUGGCAUCAAUUUUCAGUUUCAUUAGCGAACUUCUCAAGGAUCGUCCAUUCAUCUCUGAGAUGGACAAUUUCAUGAAUGGUUUCUUCCUGAGCUCGGACUACGACAAAUACAGCUACUUCCAGGCACAAAAAGAGAACCACCCGGAUGCCUUCCCAAACAAGCUGACCCCCACUGAUCCCACUCUACACAUGGUCGAUUCUGGCCACGCCAUCAACAUUGGCUGUCCACCAAUCCUGCGUCCAGAGAGAGAUGUGGACGUCAUCAUAAGCCUGAACGAUUCCUGGGACCCGCAGCACAUUGUCAAGGUCAUGAAGCAGACAGCAGAAUACUGCGAAGUUCACAACAUCCCCUUCCCCAAUGCUGACUAUGACAGUCUGGAAAAGGAGCCUAAGAAGGAAGUCUACAUUCUGGAGGAUAAGGAGAAUCCCAAGGCUCCCAUAGUGAUUCACUUCCCCCUUGUCAAUGUGACAUACAGAGACUACAAAAGUCCUGGCGUGAAACGUGUGACUAAGGAGGAAAUAGAAGCCGGGAAGGUGGAUGUGGAGAGCAAACACUCUCCAUACACCACCCGCCACCUGCUCUACUCCAAAGAGCAUUUCGACGCUCUGGUGGACCUCACCACUUACAACAUCGUGAAUAACAAGGAGAGCAUCCAUGAGGUCCUCCAGAAGGCCCUGCAGAGGAGGGCGUCCAAGAUAAACAAAUAGUUGA